AUGAACACCCCUUCAAAAAUCGUCGUUGUUGCCUCCAACAACAUCCCAAAGAUCAAAGCAACAAGUGAAGGAUUUAAGCAGAUGUUGCUGGACACCUAUGACUUCCAAGGUCUUAGUGUAGAUUCCCACGUCUCAGAUCAGCCCUUCUCCGACGAGGAAACACUCCAUGGAGCGACAAACAGAGCUCAGAAUGCCCAGACAUUAAAGCCAGAGGCAGACUUCUGGGUUGGCAUUGAAGGAGGCGUUGAAAUCCACAACGGCUCUCUCUGCUCUUUUGCAUGGAUCGUGGUCAUUGGAAAGAGUGGAAAAGUUGGAAAGGCACGUACGUCGGCCUACUUUCUGCCCGAAAAGACGUGCAAGCUGCUGAAAGAGGGUGUCGAGUUGGGCCAUGCGGAUGAUAUGGUGUUUGGCCAGACGGAUUCGAAGAACAAGCAAGGUUCAGUUGGGCUUCUGACGGGUGGUGUUGUCGAUCGGGCAGCUUAUUAUACUCAGGCAGUUAUUCUGGCCCUCAUUCCCUUCAAAAAUACAUCGUUGGAUUUCUGA